GGACUUUGUCUGCAUUUGUGCCGGCCGGAGAAAACGUGGACGCAGUGAAAGUCCUGUCGCCGCUUGGAACGAGAGACAAUGGCACGAGCGCUGUUCAAAUUUUCGCGCCUGCUGCAGAGGGAAAGCGUCUCGUCAUCUCCCGCUGCUGUACACGUCCUUCAAAGCAGGUCUUAUGGGUCAGAGAAGAGGAUUGAGGUCCAGAACCCAGUGGUGGAGCUGGAUGGUGAUGAGAUGACAAGGAUCAUCUGGCAGAAGAUUAAGGAAGAGUUGAUAUUCCCGUUCCUAAAACUGGAUUGUAAAUACUACGACCUCGGUCUUCCAAGUCGCGACAAGACGGAUGACCAGGUGACAUACGAUGCAGCGCAUGCGAUCAAGAAGUACAACGUAGGAAUCAAGUGUGCCACCAUUACACCUGAUGAGGCCAGGGUAGAAGAGUUCAACCUGAAAAAAAUGUACCCUAGCCCGAACGGCACCAUUCGAAACAUUCUCGGAGGCACAGUGUUCCGGGAACCCAUCCUGUGCAAGAACAUCCCCCGCCUCGUGCCUGGCUGGACUCAGCCUAUAGUCAUCGGAAGGCAUGCAUUUGGUGACCAGUACAAAGCAAUGGACAGGGUAGUGAGCAACAUGGGAAAAGUGGAGCUUGUGUUCACGCCUGCCGAUGGGGGCGAGAAGCAGAAGCACGUAGUGUUUGACUUCAAGAAGUCAGGGGGCGUCACCAUGGCCAUGUACAACACGGACGAGUCAAUCGAAGGUUUCGCCCACUCCUGCUUCCAGUAUGCGCUGAUGAAGGAAUGGCCCCUCUACUUGAGCACCAAAAACACCAUCCUGAAGCAGUACGAUGGCCGCUUCAAGGAUAUCUUCCAGAGCAUCUAUGAGAAGGAAUACAAAGAUAAGUUUGAAGCAAGAAAAAUGUGGUAUGAGCAUCGCCUUAUUGACGACAUGGUAGCUCAGGUGCUCAAGUCCUCUGGCGGUUUCGUCUGGGCCUGCAAGAACUACGAUGGCGACGUCCAGUCGGACAUCAUUGCUCAAGGAUAUGGCUCUCUUGGUCUCAUGACGAGCGUCUUGGUUUGCCCCGAUGGAAAGACCGUAGAGGCCGAGGCAGCGCAUGGAACAGUUACUAGGCAUUACCGAGAACAUCAAAAGGGCAAAAAGACUAGCACAAAUCCCAUUGCAAGCAUCUUUGCGUGGACACGAGGCUUGGAUCACAGAGCCAAGUUAGAUAACAACACUGAUCUCCACAAAUUCUGCAGUGCACUCGAGAAAGCUUGCGUCGAAACAGUAGAGUCUGGCAAGAUGACCAAGGACUUGGCAGGAUGCAUCCACGGAAUAAAGAAUGUCAAAGAGGGCGACUACCUCAACACAAUGGAGUUCCUCGAAGCAGUCACCGAGAACCUCAAAAAGAAGCUCAACCAGUGAUGCAGUCAUACAGUUGAAGAGUUGCAGGGUACUUUGACACAGUCAUUUUGCAAUAAAAAAAUUUGAUACGAAAAAAAAA